AUGGACCCUACGCUGUGGAAGAAGCCCGAGAUGGUCAACAGGUUGUACGCGCACGUGGAGUUCCUGAAGCGUCAACUCACAAUUGCGCAGGCCGACGCAGCCGCCGCGCAGCCUGCCGGCCCCGCGCCGGGCAGCCUGCCGCCGGGGGUGGUCACGAAGAAGCUCUCUGAGUUCGAGGCGAUGCGGCGCGCCGCGGCCGCGUCCUCCGAGCCAGCGACGCCCGCGGCGGUGCUGGGCGUCGCGGAGAAGCACCUGUGCGACAUGCGGUGCCGCGACGUGUGCGUGAUCGACCUGACGCGGCGCGAGGGGUUCGCGCCGGCGGACGCGGUGGUCCUCGCGACCGUGGACUCCCCCGAGCAGGUGUGGGCGUCGGCGGGGGGACUGAUGUACCAGCUCAGGGUGACGUUCCCGGGGGAGUCCUGGGCGCACACGCACAUGUACGGGAGCGAGGGGAGCGACUGGGUGUGCAUCGACCUCGGGCGCACCAUGGUCAACGUCCUGACGCAGGAGGGGAGGGAGUAUUACGACAUUGAGGGGCAGUGGGCCGACGCGGACGGCGGCAACGUGCGGCGCGUCGCGGGCGCACCGCCGCCCAGCGCGCCGCAGCAGAGCAUCGCGGACCUCGCGGACUGA